UCGGAUCUGUUUUAAAAAUUAAAACCCUAAAAACCCUCUCUACUUGUCCCUCGCGAAAUUGAGCGACGUCGAAAUGGGAAAGAAGAGAACCGAAAGAGAAGCCGAAGUAGAGCUGGCUCAAAAUGCAGGCAAUAUCAAUAAGAACGAUCUUGAGCUCAAGCUUGUUAAUGGCGACCGCGAUGAGAAAAGAAGGGAGAAAAAGAAGAAGAAGAAGAAGGAGAAGAAAGAGGAGAGAGUCGAACGAGUAGUGGAAGCACAGGAUGCAGAGAAAAGUAGACCUGAGAUUGAAGCAGAGGUUGUGAAUAGUGAUUCCAAAGACAAGAAGAAGAAAAAGGAAAAAUUGAAGGAAAGGAAUGGCGCCGUUUCAAAUGAACUGCCUACAGUCUCCAUUGCCCUCCCUGGUUCCAUUAUCGACAAUGCACAGUCCCUGGAACUGGCCACCCGACUGGCUGGCCAAAUUGCUCGAGCUGCAACCAUUUUCAGGAUAAAUGAGGUUGUUGUAUUUGACAACAUGGGCAAUUCACAAGAUAGUUCUGGUGUACUUUCAGAGGAUAAUUUAGAUGAAAAUGAAAGUGGUGCAGCAUUUCUUUUGAUGAUUUUGAGGUAUAUGGAGACACCACAGUAUCUAAGAAAGAGUCUGUUUCCCAUGCAUAACAAUUUAAGAUUUGUGGGUUCAUUACCCCCACUUGAUGCCCCACACCAUUUGCGGAAGCAUGAAUGGGCUCCUUAUCGAGAAGGUGUCACACUAAGGGAUCGGCAUCCAAAUUCUGGAGGAACACUGGUCGAUGUGGGGCUUAGCAAGAAUGUACAGAUUGAUCAAGUCAUUGACCCAGGUAAAAGGGUGACAGUGUCAAUGGGAACAGACCGUAAUCUGGAUUCAGACCUAGCACACCAAGUUGUUUCUUCUUCCACACCAAGGGAAGAGGCAGGGAUGUAUUGGGGUUAUAGAGUGCGGUAUGCUUCCAAUAUUAGUUCAGUAUUCAAGAAUUGCCCGUAUAAGGGAGGCUAUGAUCAUCUGAUUGGUACCUCGGAACAUGGUAUCACUGUCAAGUCUUCUGAACUUAGUUUGCCAUCAUUCAGACACCUAUUAAUUGCUUUUGGUGGGCUUGCGGGCUUGGAGGAGUGUAUUGAAGAGGACAGUAGUUUAAAGGGUAAAAAUGCGCAAGAUAUAUUUGAUCAAUAUUUGAACACAUGUCCACAUCAAGGAAGUAGAACAAUCCGAACAGAGGAAGCCAUCUUCAUAUCUCUGCAGUAUUUUCAAGAACCAAUCAACCUGGUUUUGGGAGAGAGCUAGAGCACUGAAUUGCGGGAUCCCCAGAAACUGCUAGAAUGCAUACUCUUUUUGUGUAUUGAGUAUAGCAAAUUCUGCAUAUCCUGAAAAAGCAUCGGAGUAUUUUAAGAACCAAUCAACCGGCUUGGUCAUCUCCUAUUGAGAGGGGUUAGUAGCCAAUUUCACCCUUUCACGUUAACAGUUGUCAUCUAAACAUAGUAUCAGGCUGCCAUUGGAUUGAGCUUCUUUUUUAGAAAGCUUAAUUAUGCUGUAAAAUACUCAGAAAUUUUGCAUCAUCAAUUUUCUCUUCCUCAGAUAUCCA